AUGGAACAAACUAUUAUUCUGAAUAUCGGUGGUGUUAAAUAUGAAACUUUACGUUCAACAUUAACUGCUCACCCGGAUACCUUACUUGGUACGAUGUUUGCCGAAAGAAACAAACAUCUUCUAAAGCCAAAAAACGGGAACGAGUAUUUUAUCGAUCGUAACGGCCAUGUAUUCCAUUACAUCAUGGAAUACUAUCGUACGGGCGUAUUGAGCUGGCCAACUAGAGAUUCAGAAGACAAUAAAUGCACUAUCACACUACAAGCAUUCAACACCGAACUCGACUACUUCCAAAUAAAAGUAAAUCAAGAAGAUCAACGAGACAAGAACAUUAUCCUGCAACUCAGCAAAUCACUCGACUCGUUUGUAUUUUAUCUCGAAGAAAAUUUAAGUAAAUACAUGGAAAAUAUGGAGCCUGAGAUUUGGCUUAAAAUUACGCCAGAUGCGGAGCCGAAGUUUUGGACAAAAAAUUUAGGAUGGGUUCCGUCGCCAUUUACUACAUGCAAAUCUUUAACGUACCAAUUAAUGAAGAAAUUUUAUAAAGAGAUUUACGAGCACUUAACUACAACCUUUAAAGGAACAGAUAUUGAAAAGAAAUCCCAGAAUAAUGAUAAUCAUGUAGAGAUCAUAUUUACUCCGAAUGAGAAAGACUUAACCGCUGGUUACCUUAAGAAUGACUCGUACUGCACCAUUGCAACUAACAUUUUGCAAGCUACAUUUUGCCUCUUCCAACAAUUAUCUUGUCGGGUCUGGCGUGAGUCGCAUGAAGAAUGGAACAUUGAAUGUGUGGGUAAUACUGUCAAGCAUAGUUCUAGUCGAACGUAUUUGGAUACGGAACUAGCCCUCUCAUCGCGCUUUAUGACUCUGCCACUGGUCAGUCACAUGUCAAAAUUCUUUAUAAGUACGUUUGCCAACUCGAGACCUACCCAGGGAAUGCGGAUCGUGGUCAGCCUUUGUUUCAACAAGAUAACACAAGACCACACAUCUCUAAUGUAG